GGGCGGUUCACCUCAUUUCAUGUCGUCUGUUUUCGAAUACGAACAAGAAGGCCUGCUUUCGCUUGUCAAUUCUGGUUUCUUGAAUUGUACCGUUGGUAUUUCUAUACUUUUGCUGAGAGCUGCUCUCAAAAAAAUGUUUUCAUCUUCCAUGAUUUUGAACUAGAAACAGGUCCUGGCUUCUUUGCCAAUACUCGUGCAGGUUUUAUAUCAAAAACCUUCGGUAAAUAGGUGACAAAAACUAUGUGWUACACUUCAUUCUUUCGACAUCUGAAUAAGCUCGUGAGUUCUUUAUCAUCAGCAUAGAUCACGAGUGAAAGAAAUACUCACAACUUUCACAACCUGUUUUCACAAAGCAUUUUUUUCGCUUUUGUUACGCGCGUCAGAAAUAUAUUCAGUUUUCCGCACAUUGCUACUAGCUAUAGGUAUGGAUGGACGUCGAGUUCUACCUCCUCCUUUUCCUUUAUGUUUAGCCACAACUAUUGCUGCAAGCAUUUCUUUUUUGGAUCUAGCUAUUUUGGACAAUCCUGACAAUCUACUUUUUCUACCAUUUCCACCRCUGGCUAACGUGAUUACAACAAUUGUAACUGCUCUUCAAAUAUGCUCUGUUYCCACUCCACUUAUACAAGUACUGUUUCCAAGAAUUAUAWWUCAKAGAAACGUCGGAAAGGACGUAUGGAGCAAGCUUGAAAGAAGUCCCAGAACAUUUUGGUACGUCACUGCCGAGACUCCUGGUAACAUUGUACAGACAGUAGGCCUUGACGUGACAAAGCCUCGGGUGUGUCCAAGAAUACCAAGUUCCAAUCGGAGAAGAUGUGCGAAACCGAGUUUUACUCGUGAUGAUCUGGCUACGAAUUUAUCCCAAGUACGACAGCCUGGCUUUCACAUUUCAAAUAAGUACUAGCACUGUACACGAAGAAAUAUACCACAKAGUGCCAAUAUUAUUUCUCCACUUCCGUAGACUUAUCACGUGGCAUAACCUCASGCAGUGGUCAACAUUUAUUGGUCAAUGGAGAAGCUWUCCAAAUGCGGUUGGGAUUAUCGAUGCUACCGUCCAUAAAAUACGGCGCCCGACUGGCUUAUUUCAGGCCGAAUUUUACCGUGGCGACAAAAAGACCCACUUUAUAUCCACGCAGAUGGUUAUUGAUGCUGAUGGUAUGAUAGUGCUACUUGUUUCAGGAUUUCCUGGUCAUCUUAAUGAUGCAUCAACCUACAAUUAUCUGCCCAGUAUCGGGUUUCAUGGUCAGAAACGCCUACCAAGGAAUGCGCGGUUAUUGGCUGACGGUGGUUACGCCGCAAUGCCACUCGUAACACCACACAGGAUUGCUCGAAAUCGUAUCCAGAGAAGAGCCAAUCGACAGCUACGGAAACUCAGGUUAAUGGAAAACGCACAAACAUUUAAACACAAAAGAAUCCGCCACUGA